CGUGACGUAACGGCCAGGAAGGCGCACACGGCAAUCGCCGUUCGUUCAGUGUGUUCGUGUUGUAGACUGCGCAUUAUAAUGCAAUCAUUGCUUUCGUCCGCGCUUCAGUAAACUGUAGUCACGUUUAUACAUAUUGUAGUGAAGCUGUGAGUAGCCGUGUGGGCCUAGCCGGUGGCAGAGCGCGCUCCUCCCAGUAUCGAUCGCAUCCCGUUGCGUAUUGUUUGAAUGUUUAUAAACAGCCGGUCGCAUCUACUUCAACUCCCUAUUUUUGAUAUGUUCGUUUGACUGAGGACGGUCCUGACUCUGGAUCCAGACUGAUAUCUACACCUGCAAGCUGAUAUAAUUGAAUCCAGUGCACGAUGCAUCUACGAUCGAUUGAUUUAUUGAUACGAGUUCGAGGAAGAACACUAUUUUAAUGCUUCAUCGGGAAUCAUCACUGUAGACUUCUAACUAUACAAGGUCCGAUAGCGGCUCCAUUUGACCAUAAGAAAGUGCAAGUUAUGGACGAUAUGGGAGAAUAUUUUGUCAAUAGAGAGACAUAGAUUUGAGGGCCUAGGUAUGUUGUCAUAUAUGGUGCCUGUGGAUGAGAAGCCUCCGCCAGUGCCUGGUAAGGGCCGAAUGGCGUUGGAGUUGGCUGGGAGCCCCGGAAGCCCAGAGUCUACAGCAAAAAAGCGAACAAACAUUUCGAAGGAAUCGUCUUCGAGCUCGUUCACAAGUGACCUCACAGUGUCCUCGUCUACCCCGUCGGGAGUACUGGAUAAACCUAAACAUAAACUACUGAAUAAUGGAAGUAAACACACAUCCUUAAAGAGGGUCUCCUUCGGCAGCUCAAAAGGAUCGAUGGUUGAGACUCUCAUCUAUGAAAGCCCUCUGCAGGAGGAACCAGAGAACUCCCCACCACCAAAUCUACAAGAGACCACGUUCUUAUACACGCCCGUUGAAGACGAUUCGGAGCGUUCGAAAGUUCGUGUGUCUUUCUAUCAAGGAGCGAGGCCACAGUGUCUUUCUCCACCACCGGCGCAGGAGUCGCACGUGCUCUACGCGACUUUACUUUCGGCCGCAGCCAACGCAGACAUGGCAGAACACGUUAUGUACAAUAGGCAGAUAAGCACGGAGAGUGGGUGGGAUAACCCCUUCAGGCCCGACGGAGACCUGAGCCGGGAGGCAGAUGAAAUUGUCUCUCUGAUCAAGGGCGGUAAACCUAUAACUCCAACGCCAAAUGCUGGUGUCCCGCUGCUUUCUGCUGAAGAAGAGGAGGAAGUAACAAGCCCUGAUAAUGCCAGCCCGCCAAUGUCACCGGAAACGAAAAUGUCGAGUCCUGUCCAACAAAGCACUCCAAAAGCGAUGAAUGGUACCAAAAACGGUACAGCCGUUACUGAGAUACGAUCCGGCCAAGUGGAAGUCCAACGCGCACCGCCGCAGGAGCCCAUGCAACCCGAACACGUGACGAUUAAGCCCAAGUGUAAAAAGUGUAAAUGCUGUGUCGUCCAAUAAGCUUUCACCGACAUACAAUGGUAAAUUAUCCUAAUUUAACUUUGCUCUUAUAUUUAUUUUUAUGUAUUUUGCAUGUUAUUGUACCAAUUUAUAUCUAAAAAUCUAUUGAAAGUCCAAGGACUGGAAUAAGCUAUUUUAGAUUAGGAUAGUAAAACCAUUCACCAGUAACACUCCGCUUAUGUCUACCAUUAAUCCUUCAGCAUUUACUCGGUGCUCAUUAAUUCUGUCUUCAUAAAACCCUUGUUCGCUGCCUUUUUAUGUGUUUAUUGUACUCAAGUCGUAAAACACAUUUCCCCUAAUAUUUUUGUAUUCUGCUACUAUAUAGGACUUGAUAGCGUACAAAGUUAUUAUAAUUAGUCUGGUUCAACAUGAUUUUUGCCUGAGAUGCAAUAGGUUUAUUUACUUGAAUUAUUCCCUAGAAAUAUACGCUGUCCCGUGUCUCUAGAAUAUGAGCUCUGCUUUAUUCAGAUUUGGUGGAAAGCAUAUGUUUAUAGGAAAAUGUUUUUGGUGCAUUAUAAUUUAAAAUACCAGGCACAUUAAAUGUUUUGUUUGAGUUGUGAUUAUCAUUUUGUAAUUUAGAUUAUGGCUGUCUAUUUAUUACUAAAUUAUCGAAAAUAUUUUAGGACUUUAACUAAUAUUUGUACCUCUAAUCGUUAACGUUUGUGAAGAAUCUCAACAAAACUAUAUAUCAUACCAGAGUUAAAUAAAGUGUUAAAAGGAUGUCGGGAUCCUUUAACCUGGGCACAGAUGGUUAUAUUUAAGAUGUUGUCAAAAUUAAUCACCAAAUGAAAUUUUCUAUACAAAUGCAAAAUUUGGAUUAACUGAUUGCAAGGCCAAAUAAUUUUAUCCAUCAAUGCCCGGUUUAAAUACCCUUAUUUUAAUCUACAUUUGAAAAAAAGCCUCUAUCAUUUGGUAUAUUAUGAGACGUUUAUCGUGAUUUCAACAUAUUAUUUUAAAACUGUUAUAAGUUCUGUGUUGAAUAAUGUUUACAUAAUUUAAAUGUAUAUUUUUAUAUAUUUAUUAAAAUAAAGUAUUAACAGUAAAAUAGUAUGAUUACAUAGUAUUGGGAUGAUAUCAGUGACUGUACUAGAAUAAUUAAAUUUACUUUCAGCUAUUCCCUUCCACCGCUAUAAGGAUUGUAAAGUUAGGGAUGGGAUUGUGAUGCGGUCUAAACAGAAAGGCACAGGUGAUGAAAGACUGUUUAAGCAUAUGAGGGGUUUAUAGCGCGUGGUGUAUGCUUAUGAUAGUAUGUAACGCUAUAGUCAUAGACAUCACAACAUUUAGACCCGUUUAUGUAAUUCACGCUUGCGUCCAGUAGUACUAUUAUUCCUCUUGUUGUAUAGACUAGUAUAUUAUUUAUUUUAUUUAAGCGGCAAAGUAACGGUAUUGUUAUGAGCAUCCACAGAUAACAAGAAGUUAAGUCCAAUUUUUAUACUUUUUUAUUUAAUUUUAGGGUAUUAAAAUGUCACAGUGUAUUUUAUUAUGCAAUUCAACAUGGUACUAAUUAAAAGUACAACAGAAAGAUUAGUUGCAAAAAUAGCGUCAUACUCUUUCUUAAAGAGGAUUCAUAUGUCUUACAUUUAAUCUUACGAAGUUUUAUCCUUGUAUCAGAAAGGUAAAGAUAAUACCGAAGCUUUGCUGCCAGGACUGCGAGUUUGACUAUAUGUUUUUCAAUAAAAUCGAAUAAUUCAAUAGUGCUAUAGUAGUGUUACUUGACAUCUAGAGGGCGUGAUACGAAGUUUGCAAGUUUUGAGAUUAGUUUCCCUUGAACGGAAUAGUUCCCUUAAGUAGAUAGGUAAAUAGAAAGCUAAAUUAAGAUAUAAUUAUUCAGGUUAUUUGUUAUUGAUGGUUAUUUAAAAAUAAAUUAUUUUUAUUUUAUCAAUAGGUUUUGUUUUUAGAUUUAAGCGGUAUUAAACAGUUUAAGAAUUUUUCUGUACUGAUUAGAUCAUUUUAACAGCCAUUUGAGUAAUUGUGAUGUGAUUCGUUUGUGAAAAAUGAUUGUACGCAGUGUCGCUUUAUAACAAGCACUGAGGCGAUUACAUUUUGGCUAAUAAUUCAAUGGUACUAGCUUAGCAUUAAAAGUCAACCCGUUCAAGCCCUGGUCAUUAUAACAUCGCUAUUAGAUAUAAGAAAAUAUUAAAUAAUAUUGGCUUCAUAUCAAAUGAUCCCUCGGUUAAGCUUAUCGCUAUACAAUAAAAUAACUGACUUAAAACUCACGGCUUUUAAAUGAUUCGCCCAUUAUAUAAAUAAUUAUUUCUUGACUGUUUUUAUAAGUUUCAUGUAGGUGCAUUCUUUCUUGCACAAAUUUAUUAUAAUUAAAAUUGGGCCAUCUUUUAAAUCGGAUAUUUUGUAAUUCAAAUAUAAAUUGAAUUAAUAAGAUCAUUUUGUGUUUGUAAGGUUUUCUGACUGCCUGAUUAGGACGUCUCUGUAUCAAUGGCAGAAGUACAAGACAACGGUUUUGUUGUUAACUUGAACCCAAUAUGUUCCUUAAUAAAGUUUUUUAUUUGCAUGUAAAAUACUGUCAUUAAGGUUCUAUAUUUUUUUAAUUAUUUGCUUCCAGUAGGUCUCUUUGGAUGUUAAGUGUCUCAUUUUAGUGAUAAGAAUAUUAUUGUUUCCAAUAUUUAAUAAUAGCCAUAUGUAUGAAAAAUAUUUCUAUAAAAUAUUAUUUCUAUUGUCAAUCGAUGAAUAUGUACAAAUUGGUUUUAAUUUUUAUUUAUAUUAAAUCUUUAAAGCCGU